UGCCUGCUCACCCCCCGCCGCCACCCCCCGGCCCCCCCCGAGGGUUCCCGGGGGGAGAAGAAGUGUCUGAAUGGAGGUUGCGGGGUCCCAGAGGAAGAGGAGGAGGAGGAAGAGCGGCGUGAGUCAGAUUCGGAGGAGGAGAGCGCCUUGGAUUGCGGGUUGAAGCUGAAGAAGGUGAGCUUCAUCGAGAAGGCGGAGCGGCGUGGCGGGGAGCCCAGCGGCCCCGAGGACGAGAGUUUCCUCGAGGAGGGCAGCCCCACCAUGGUGGAGAAGGGCAUGGACCCCGCGUCCGUCUUCGAGCUGUGUGAGGAUGAGGAGGAGGCCGAAGGUGCCCCUGGUAGCCCAGUCAAGGCGGUAGAGCCAGUGGUGGUCCCGCGGGCUGGCCGGAGGAGGCGGACGGCUGAGAGCCGGGAGGAAGAGGAAGGUGAGGAGGAAGGGCGGAGGCGUAAUCGGGCGUCGUGGAUCGACCCGCCAGAGGAGGACUACUCCACACAGCUGACGCAGGCGGAGGUGGAGAGCUGCAUGAAGAAAUACGAGGACACCUUCCAGGACUACCAGGAGAUGUUCAUCCAGUUCGGUUACGUGGUGCUCUUCUCCUCCGCCUUCCCCCUCGCCGCCAUGUGCGCUCUGGUGAACAACGUCAUCGAGAUCCGGAGCGACGCCUUCAAGCUGUGCACGGGGCUCCAGCGGCCCUUCGGCCAGCGCGUUGAGAGCAUCGGGCAGUGGCAGAAGGUGAUGGAGGCCAUGGGCGUCUUGGCCAUCGUGGUCAACUGCUACUUGAUCGCCCAGUGCGGGCAGCUCCAGCGCCUCUUCCCCUGGCUCAGCCCCGAGGGAGCCAUCAUCUCCGUGGUGGUGCUGGAGCAUUUCGCCCUGUUCCUGAAGUACAUCAUCCAAGUGGCCAUCCCCGACAUCCCCGCCUGGGUGGCCGAGGAGAUGGCCAAGCUGGAGUACCAGCGCCGCGAGGCCUUCAAGAAGCACGAGCGGCAGGCGCAGCACCACUUCCAGCAGCAGCAGCGGCGCAAGCGGGAGGAGGAGGAGCGCCAGCGACACGCUGAGUACCAGGCCCGCAAGGAGCGGGAGUCGAGCCGCGACGAGGCCAAGCCCGAGGCCGCCGGGCAGGACCCGGCCCACGAGAAGAGCCAGAGCAAAGGGAAGGGCUCUGGGGGCUCCUCGCACGGCUCUGACAAGCCCAAGCGCCCCAGCUCCCUCCUGGCCACCAACAACGUGAUGAAGCUGAAGCAGAUCAUCCCUUUGCAGGGCAAGUUCCUCUCCGGGGGGGCCGGGGCCAGCAGCACGGCCACCGCCAGGUCCCCCCAGUCCCCCACCGGCAGCGAGAACAAACUCCCCGGCUUCCUCAGCUUCAAGUUCCUGAAAUCCCCCGAGACUAAGCGGGACGCAGGGACUGAGAAGGUCCAGUCGCCCACCAAGCCAUUCAAUCCCGGCAAGCUCUUCAACUUUGGCAAGUCCGAAGGGGCCGGGGGCAACGGCACUGCGGCCACCGCCUCCCCCCAGCCCCGAGCCGGCCCCUCGGUGGACACAGGCGUGCGUUGCCUCCCAGCCCCUCAGCCGAAGCCUGACAUCGGGGCGACAUUACUAGCUCAAGAGCAGCUCAGGCCUGGCACCAAGUUGGUGCUCAAAAACAGCAAGAGGCAGCUGAGCACCACCCAGCUCUUCGGGCUCACCGCCCAUCUGGAAGUGUGGCUCAGCAGAGCAGACUAG